AUGACCACCAUCCACCUGCCGUUGACACCGGCGGAGAAAUUGUUCCGGCAAUGCCUGCUCGACUGUCGCGAGGAGAUGAAAUCUGUCCCUGGAAUGAAGGAUCUCGUGCUACGGUGGACGGGAGGCUGGGUCCGAGAUAAACUGCUCGGGGUGCAGAGCCACGACAUCGACGUGGCACUGAGUACAAUGACCGGGUGGGAGUUUGGUCAAGCUCUGCAGGCCUUCAUCAAGAAGCACGGGGCCAAAUACGAAGAACAAGCCGCGCAACAAGGCUUCAACUCGCAGGUCAAGGACAUUCACAAGAUCGCGGCGAACCCCGACAAGUCGAAGCACCUGGAAACCAUCACCACGAGAAUGUUUGGCAUCGACGUCGACUUUGUCAACCUCAGGAAAGAGGUCUACAACCACCACAACCGCCAUCCACAAGUGGAAUUCGGCACUGCGGAGGAAGAUGCACUCCGUCGAGACGCAACCGUCAAUGCCCUCUUCUUCAACCUCGACACGCAAGAGGUUGAGGACUUCACGCGUCGAGGACUCGAGGACAUGAAGCGCAAGAUCAUUCGGACACCUCUUGCACCGUAUCAAACAUUCAAGGACGAUCCGCUACGGGUCCUCCGUCUCAUUCGGUUCGCGUGCCGACUUCAGUACGAGAUCGAGGCGUCUGCGAAAGAGGCGAUGAAAGACCAAACCAUCCACGAGGCUCUCCGCUUGAAGAUCAGUAGAGAGCGUGUGGGGGUGGAGAUCGGUAAGAUUAUGGCUGGACCCGAUCCCUACACAGGAUUGAAAUACGUCAACGAAUUUGAUCUGUACUUCACCGUGUUUGCCGAUCCGGCAACGUCGCCGACAGACGACUCGGUCGAUGCUGGACACGCGGUCAUCGCCUACGACGGACUUCGAAGGAUUCUGGACGAGAAAUCCUCCAUCUGCCUCAGCCUGCGACCAAAAGAAGACCAAGCCCUGAGUUGGUUCCUCGCGACGUAUACGCCGUGGUACAAAUCAUCUGUAAAAGCAUACCAGGCCUCCAGGGAAGGCAUCAAGGCCACCAAUAGCAUGAGCAAGGUCCUGAAAGAUGCCAUCGACCUACGAGCCUCCAUUCUCGAAGCCGUGCGGUCAGUGAACGACGAGAAAGCCGUUCGGGGAGACGUGGGCAUGACUCUAAGACAGUGUCGAGAGGCGUGGAGAUCGCAUGUUCUCUUCUCACUGCUUUGUGACAUCGUGGAGCAAGGUUUCUCGACCGCGACGGACCGAUAUCAAAAGUUCGCUGCUUACCUGCACGAUCAAGACCUCGAAGCCGCGCAUGCCAUCACUCCGAUCCUCAAGGGGAACGAGAUCAAAGAAGCUUUUGGCAACCCCAAGGGAGGUCCGUGGCUCAAGAACGCAGUCGAUGAACUGGCACGCUGGCAGUUCAACCAUCCAACCGGAACGAGGGAAGAGGCAAUUGAGAUGAUCUCGAGCAAAAAGUCGGAAUUCGGUCUCGGUUGA